AUGAAGAACUUUGCUUCUCUCGUGUAUAACCUCGCCCUUUUUGCGACCCUCGCAACUGGUGCGAGCAUUCCCAGAUACUUCCAGCCGUCCGCCUUUACCAGGCGCCAGUUGAGUGCUGCACAGGUUCAAAAGGAGCUUGGUAGUGAGCUCUCAAACACCACUUCCAUCUUUGGACCAGAUGACGAUCGCUUCACUGAGGCUACUACAAGGUGGAAUAUCUUUGCAGUACCUAAGAUUCAAGUUGUCAUUGAGCCUGGCGAGGAAUCUGAUAUUUCAACUAUCGUCACAUACUGUAAUGAAAACAGUAUCGACUUCCUGACUGUAAAUCGUGCUCAUGGCGAUACCCAAAGUCUUGGUUCCUUCAACGGCGUUCAGAUCAAUAUGAAGAAUCUUAGGAACAUUGACAUUCAACCCAGCGGUAAAUCUGCUUGGUUUCAAGGUGGCGUCUACGAUGGUCAAGCCACAACUUACCUUUGGGACCGAGGAUAUGUUACUACCACUGGAUCUUGCGAUUGUGUGGGUAUGAUGGGUCCAGGUCUUGGCGGCGGACACGGGAGACACGAGGGUACUCAUGGCAUGAUUAGCGACAAUAUCCUUCAGCUCAAUGUUGUUUUGGCUAAUGGCAGUGCUAUUCGUGUCAAUUUCAAUGAACACAGCGAUCUCCUGUGGGCAAUGAAGGGCGCGGGCCACAAUUUUGGUAUUGUUACAAGCUUUGAGAUGAAUAUCUUCCCCCGAGGCCCGGACACAUGGCACUAUCAUAAUUACAUCUGGAAAGGCGAAAAGCUUGAAGAAAUCUUCAAAGCUCUCAACAUUUUCCACGGUAACGGCACUACACCCGUCAACAUGGCUUUCAACUUCGGAAACUUCCAAAUGAACACGACAAUAACCGAUACGGAACCGGUUAUCUUCUGGACUUUUGCCUAUCGUGGAUCCGCGGAAGAAGCCGAGAAGCACUUGACUCUAUUCAACGCUAUCGAAGCGGUUUAUGAAGAAUACGACGAUGUGUCAUAUCCAAGGAUCUCUGUUGCCCAAGGCACGGAUGAGGACAGUUCCCUCUGCCAGGAAAAUCAAAUUAGAAUCGCUGCUACUGCAGGCCUUGAAGUGUAUAACGUAACGGCUGAACGUCUUAUAUAUGAUGGCUUCAAAAACCGUGUCGCUAGCAAUCCUGUACUCGUCGCAGGAGGAAAUAUUCUUCACGAAGGAUAUUCCACCGAAGCUGUUACAGCUCAGAACUCCGACGACUCCGCCUAUCCUUUCCGUGCUGACCAUCACCUAAUGCUUUUCCAAACAGUCGUCCCUCAAAAUAACCCAAGCGUAGAAAAAGCUGCUUGGGAAUGGGCAAUAGAGGUCAGAGACCAAUGGAACGAAGGUCAGCCAGGACGGGCUCCCAAUGCUUAUGUCAACUAUGCCAACGGUUUCGAGCCCGUAGAGCAGAUGUACGGUCACGAAGCAUGGCGUCUAGAGAGGCUUCGCAACCUUAAGGCAAAAUACGACCCUUCGAAUCGCUUCCGCUUCUAUAACCCAAUCAUCUGA